GCAUCCUUCUUGGCAAUGGCAAGAAUUAACGAUUGCGUGCAAUCAUGCCACAGGUGGGAGAAUGGACAUAAAGAAGGCAGUUGCUGUCAUGCCUUUGCGGUUCGCCCUCCUUUUCCUCUCGCAACCGGUCAUUGAGGUUUGCUAAGUCGCAAUGGCGACACACGACUCCGCCAAGGCGCCUUCAGUUGAAGAUGUCUCUCUUCCUGUUUCGAACUCGCCAUCCAUUGAUGCGUCAAGGCGCAGAUGGUACCGGUCCACGCUCUUCAAUGCCUUCGUUAUCGGAGGUGUGGGCUUUCUGGCACCAGGUCUGUGGAAUGCCAUGAACGAUCUUGGAGCUGGAGGAGCACUCGACCCAUACCUGGUCAACGCCGCCAACGCUCUUGUAUUCGGCAUCAUGGGCUUCUUCUGCUUAUUCGGCGGUCCCAUCGCGAACCGCAUCGGCUUCGCCAAUACACUGUUCCUCGGUGCGGUCGGUUAUCCCAUCUACUCUGCUGGACUCUACACCAACAACCGUUACGGGAACGUCUGGCUCGUCCUUGUCGGCGCUGUCUGCUGCGGUGUCAGCGCAGGUCUUUUCUGGGUCUCCGAAGGUGCAGUCGCCCUUGGCUAUCCCGAGCCAGGCAAGAGAGGCAAAUACAUGAACAUUUGGCUCUGGUUUCGCACUGGUGGUCCUCUCGUCGGCGGCGCCAUCGUCCUUGCCCUCAACAACAACGCGGCCGCAAAAAAGAAAGGCAAAGUCGGAUACCAAGUCUACCUUGUCUUCAUCGCACUCCAAUGCAUCGCCUGCCCCCUCGCCCUCGCACUUUCCCCGCCCGAGAAAGUCCAGCGCACCGACGGCUCCAAGGUUGUCAUCUCGAAAGAGAAAUCCUUCAAAGCCGAAUUCAAAGCCCUCUGGCGCGUCUCCAAGCGCAAAGAUGUUCUGCUCUUACUCCCAAUCUUCUACACCGCCUACUUCAACCAGUACAGCUCGAACUUUAAAGCCUACUACUUCGGCGUGCGCGCCCGCGCUCUCAUGGGCUUCGUGUCCAACUUCGGCACUCUUCUCUCAUCACAGCUCAUCUCCCAGCUUCUCGAUUACAAGAAGCUGACUGUGAAGAAACGCAUUACUUACGGCUUCUACUACGUCAUCUUCUUGCACGUUGUUGCGUGGGUGUACGGUUGGGUCAUUCAGGAGAAAUACACGAGGAACAACCCAGUGUUCGAUUGGGAGGACGGCGGCUUCGUGGAAGCGUUCUUCGUUCUCAUCCUUUGGGACUUUGCCAGGCAGGCACUGCAGAAUUGGCUGUACUAUCUGCUUGCGACCAAGACGGACAAUAUCUCUGAACUCAGUCGGUUUGCAGGUGUGCUCAGAGGUCAGGAGAGUUUCGGACAGGCUGUUGCUUUUGGAUUAAACACGAAGAAGUGGAAGGGUGGUCGCGUUCCACUUGGAGUCGCUACGGUGCUGCUGGUGUUGUCUGUUUAUCCUACGUGGCUUGUGGUGAGAGAUCAUGUUCCUGUGGAGGCGGUGGAUGCUACGAAGGAGGUUUUGGCAACGGCUAAUGUUCGCGCUUCGCAGCAGGUGGUUACGUUGGAGGAGAAGAAGAAGUUCGCGGAAGGAGAGGCAGCUCUUGGAAGGAACGUGUAA